AUCCACACUUCAAUCAACAUCCAAAUUACCAUCCAUAAUGGCAAAUUUCAACGGUCUUCCCGCCCUCGAGGCACAUCUCAAGUCUCGGUCGUAUGUUGAUGGACACGUUCCCUCGCAAGCCGAUGUUGGUGUGUUCAACUCCCUUGGAAGUGCACCCAGCCCGGCGGAGUUCCCUCAUUCCGCGCGUUGGUACAAACACAUCCAGUCUUACGCGUCGGAGCACGCUACUCUCCCUGGUGACAAGGCUUCCUCCAGCAAGCUCUUCUCCGCCGCUAGUGCCGUCCCCGCCAAGCCUGCGGUCAAGGAAGAGGAAGAGGAGGAAGAAAUUGACCUCUUCGGAUCAGAUGAUGAGGAGGCCGAUGCCGAGGCCGAAAGAAUCAAGCAGGAACGAGUGGCGGCGUACAACGCGAAGAAAGCGAACAAGCCCAAGGCAGCCGCCAAGUCCGUCGUUACGCUCGAUGUCAAGCCUUGGGAUGAUGAGACGGACAUGGUUGCGCUCGAGAGCAGCGUCAGGAGCAUCGAGCAGCCUGGACUCGUCUGGGGUGCCAGUAAACUGGUUGCGAUUGGGUACGGUAUCAAGAAGCUCCAGAUCACCCUUGUCAUCGAGGAUGAGCUGGUCUCUUUGGACGAGCUCCAGGAGAAGCUCGCCGAAUUCGAUGAUUACAUCCAGUCGACGGACGUCCAGGCCAUGCAGAAGUUGUAAAUAUGGUGAUGUACUGUCGCUCACUGGUGGAGGUAGAUGAGGUAGAUCAGAAGAAACUCCUCUAGGGAUUUUGCAGAAUGUACCUGUUUCGAAUUGCUGUGACAACUUGGCGGUUGGCCAAUAAUGCGCGCAGUGUCGUUAACGUCCG